CCAGGCUCCGGGGUCGCCGCGGACGGGAGCUGACAGGGGUCAGUUCAAGUCAUGCAGGUUGUCCGAAAGACGGGGUCUUGGCUGCUGCGGUCUUGGGCUCGGUCACCGACGCCCGGGGUCGUGGCCGGGGCGCCAGCCUCCACCAUCCACACCGGCGCCCAGCAGCUACAAGACGCGGCGGCCAAGCAGGAGGUUGAGGAGAAGGCGGCGGCCCCAGCUCCGAGCCGCAGCAGCUUCAGCAUUUACCCUCCAGUACCAGGACAGGAGAGCCCUCUGAGGUGGGCAGGAAAGGAAUUCGAGGAGAUCCCGGUCGCGCACAUUAAGGCCUCCUACAACAACACGCAGAUCCAGGUGGUCUCUGCCACCCACCAGCCCCUCGCCCGCGCUUCCUGCGGCACCGAGGGGUUCCGGAAUGCCAAGAAGGGCACAGGCAUCGCCGCACAGACAGCAGGCAUCGCUGCUGCCGCGAAAGCUGCGGGGAAGGGCGUGACCCACAUCCGAGUGGUCGUGAAAGGCCUGGGGCCGGGCCGCUUGUCUGCCAUCAAGGGGCUGACCAUGGGGGGCCUGGAAGUGAUCUCCAUCACGGACAACACCCCCAUCCCGCACAACGGCUGCCGCCCCAGGAAGGCUCGGAGGCUGUGACGGGAAGGAAGGCUGCCCCUGGACCUGACCGCAAGUCCCACCUCCAGCUGGACCUUGUAGAAAGCACACAGUCAGAGCUCUCUCCGGAGGAGGGCCUGCUGGAGCCCCCUCCGGGGCAAGAGGGAGCUCUGCCCCCUUCUGUGGUCAUCUCGCUUGUUCUUUGACUGGAGACCAGUGUCCAGAAGUGACUCCAGAGGAGGCCCGGACUCCAGCCGGAAGUGCUGCCUCUGCUCUGCAAAAAUAAAAAUGUCCCACUGUC